GCUUGGGGCGGCAAAAACCCUGGAGCCGGCGCUGGCGUGGCUUUUUGGGGGGGGGGGGGUUAUUUUUUGGAGGUAGGGCUGUUUUGCCCAGUGUACUAAGACAAUCUGGGGUUUUUGUUUGUUUAACAAAGGUGGGAGGCGCACCAGACCCGACUCCCCUCUGAUGGGCUUUGCAGUGGUGUGAUUCCAUUGACGUGCAUGGAGUUACUCAUGGUUUACACAGCUUUAACUCAUGAUGCUAUUUCAGUUCUCCAGCUCUAGUGUUCAAAAUAUUGACACGCAGUUGGGGACAUUUAUGUCAAUACUUGUCUGAAGAGAGGAAAGGCUGCCGCUUGGUUUAUGACCCAUCCUAUAGCUGAAGAACAUUCCUGAUGGCAGGCUCCCUAAAACCAAACCCGAUGUCUGUUCAUGUUGUAGCCUUUGGAAAUGAGAGAGAUGGAUUUUCUGAAGACAAUCAGCAAUCAAGUCUGAUCUGGACCUAUCUUGGGAGAAGUGCUCUCAUUUCAGAGACUGAAAGCAGUUUGCUGCUGAACUCUGCCAACCACAUUGGAAACCCUAUGUUUACUGAAUAUCAAGCCUGUGUGUUUGGAAAUGUCAGACUGGUGGUGCAUGACUGUCCCCUUUGGGAUAUUUUUGACAGUGACUGGUACACCUCUCAAAAUCUUAUUGGAGGAGCUGAUAUCAUUGUGAUUAAAUACUCUGUAAAUGACAAAUCUUCAUUUCAAGAAGUAAAGGACAGUUAUGUUCCAAUGAUAAAAAGAGCAUUAAAUCAUUGUUCAAUUCCAGUCAUAAUUUCUGCUGUUGGUGCAAGAAAAAGUGAAGUACCUUGUACUUGUCCACUGUGCACUUUAGACAGAGGGAGCUGUGUUACUGCUUCUGAAGGGAUUCAACUCGCUAAAGAACUAGGAGCUACUUACCUUGAAUUGCACAGUCUCAGUGAUUUCUAUAUAGGAAAAUAUUUUGGAGGAGUGUUGGAGUAUUUUAUGAUCCAAAGCUUGAAUCAGAAGUCCUCUGAAAAAAUGAAGAAAAGAAAAAAAAGCCACAAGUGCCAUGGAGUUAAACCGCCUCAGCUUGAACAGCCAGAAAAAAUGCCAAUCUUAAAAGGUGAAGCCUCGCAUUAUAACUCCGAUUUACAUAACUUGCUGAUCUGCUGCCAGUGUGUGGAUGUGAUAUUUUACUCAGAAGAUUUAAAGGAAGUAGUAGAAGCACACAAGAUUGUUUUGUGCUCUGUAAGCCAUGUCUUCAUGUUACUUUUCAAUGUGAAGAGUCCAGCUGAUAUUCAGGAUUCCUCUAUCAUAAGGACUGCACAGACUCUCUUUGCAGUGAACAGUGAGGCUAUGUUUCCAGUUUCUAACCGAGGUUCACCAUGCGGCCCACCGGUUAGAGUCAUUGUUAAAGACUCUUUCUUCUGUUUUUGUUUGUCAGACAUUCUGCACUUCAUUUAUUCAGGUGCUUUCCAAUGGGAAUUGUUGGAAGAAGAUAUAAAAAAGAAGUUGAAAGACCCAGGAGAAGCUGAGCUUGUGCUUGAGAAAGUUAAAUGUAUCCUGAAAACUCCAGGAAAGGUGAAUAGUUCAAAGAAUUGCAGAUCUCAUCAGACAGCAAGACCCUUGCAGUUAUGUGAUACUUCUCUCAGGCUUUUCUUUAACACACAUGUGUUAGCUGAUGUCAUCUUCCAAAUACAAGGUGCUACUGUACCAGCCCACAGAGCAGUUCUAGUGGCUCGCUGUGAAGUAAUGGCAGCUAUGUUUAAUGGAAGUUAUAUAGAAGCAAAUAGUUUUCUGGUUCCAGUUUAUGGGGUUUCCAAAGAUACUUUCCUCUCCUUUCUAGAGUAUCUGUAUACUGAUUCCUGUUGUCCAGCCAGUAUUUUGCAAGCCAUGUCUCUCUUGAUUUGUGCUGAGAUGUACCAGGUAUCCAGACUCCAGCAUAUCUGUGAGCUUUAUAUCAUCACACAGCUGCAGAGUAUGCCUAGUAGGGAAUUAGCAUCUACAAGUCUUAGCGUUGUCAGCUUGCUCAGAAAAGCCAAGUUUCACAACUCUGACUGCCUUUCAACUUGGCUCCUUCAUUUUAUUGCCACUAACUACCUCAUCUUCAGUCAAAAGCCUGAAUUUCAAGAUCUUUCAGGUAGUUAACCAAUUCCUAUAUUUUAAAAAUUAAAAAAAACACUUUUUCCAUUAUAUUUGGACUGAAGAAUAAAUGCAAAGUAAUGCUGCUUCUGAGCAUGUGAGGAGAUAAGUAAGACUUCAGAGAGAUGUACUUAAGUCUAUUUAUUUUAUACAUUGAAUCAAGAUUACAAGUUGCUUCCAAGGACGUGCUAUUUA